AUACAACAAUACCGGAUGAUUCGCAGGCUGCGUCUGUGUCGUAUCUUGAGGGACUAAUCUCCACUCAAAUGCUGCACGGUAGCAAUAUUGAGGAUAGCGCGAGUGAUGAGGAACAUGUGUCACAAUCUCAAAGGCGCGAGAUUGGACUGUCACAGGGCAGGGCUGCAGAGGGCAACUACACUCCAGACGAGGACAGACAGCGACUGCUCGGCAUAGCAGCCCACGUAUCAUCCCAGCCCAUGCCCGAUAUGGACACCAUGUUGGAGGGCAUAUUCUCCGAUUCAGACAUAGAAGAGGAAGCAGAGGACGACGAAGAAGAUAAUUCGACUGAGUCAAUGGAAGACACAACUACUAGUGCGCUUGAAGGUGUAGUGGAUACAGACACACACAAUGGUAUUGUGGAAGCAGAGGGCUCAGCAGAAGCCGCUGGUGAGACAGGAGUGGACGGUAUAGUCAUAGAAUGUGACACUAAAGAGGGCCGAGAUCCGACAUACGACACCCGACAGCAAAGAGAGAGAACCCACACAAGGGUAGUGGUAGAAAACCCAAAAUACGACAAGAAGGCGAUGGAAAGCGCCACCUCCACAGACGUGAGACUGUCGUAUCACACUACACAAAGCACUGGAAAGGAUCAAACGACCGCUGGAUGUGACGAAGAGACUAUGAGAGAUACGGACAACACUGCACAUGCUACCAGGAGUGAUACAACGAACGCUGGAGAGAAUGCAACUGACGCUGGAGAGACUGUAUGCAGCACUACAAAGCGAAGGCGAGGCGAGCAAGACAAUGAGCUGUACCUCGAUCAGGUGUCAAGCACAUGCCAGAAGUCGCAUGUGAAGCAUGUGGCGGGUGUGGAUGCGAUAGAGACGGCAGUGGAGAGUUUAGAUGCACACACUGGGAUAUAUGUACAAGCGCAGGACGCUGCACAACCGACAGCUAGUACGAUUGAUGCAACGCGAAUGGCUGCAGCGAGCGAGAAUAGCGGGAAGGACACCGAUACGGCCAUGGAAAGAGCGUUACCUGGCACGGACAAGGCUGGAGACACUCAUGUAAGCGACAGUGCAGUGGAUGCGCGAGUUAAUCAUAGCAAGGUAGUAGAGAGUGCGUAUGGUAGUCAUAGCCAGGUAGUAGAGAGUGUGUAUGAAAGUCAUAGCAAGGUAGUAGGGAGUGUGCAUGCGGCUCGGAAGGGGGAACUCACAGAUGUACCGAGUACGGGAGGUGUGUCAGAGGGAACGCAGACAGUGGCCAGUCAUAGCGUAGGCGAGGGUACAAGAGGAAGGGAAACGAAACGAGAAUUCGAAUUUAAAGAGAAAAGGGUGUGGGAAAAUAAUGGGCAGCCGGAAAGUGAGCAGAUGUGGGAAGAUAAGCUGAUAGGCAAACAGCAGCCACCAGUGAUACUUCAGCGGUGGGCGGCGGCGAAAAAGAAGCGCCAAUUAAGGGUCGGAUCUCUGAGAAUGUCCAAAAGUCGGUCGCUGUGGAAGAGUUCGUCGCUUCGAUUGACUGUCCCAAGGAAGGCGCAUAUAGUAGCAGCGGGACACCGCCAACGCGGCACCACUUUGGAUCUUGGGGUUUCUAACGGGCGUGUUACGAAAAAGGCGCGGCACAGCAAAAGUACGCAAAAGCCGACAACAACAGCUGUUCCGACCGUUCCGAUAUCGUCCCGAUUUUUACGCCUGCGCACGGAUGGUGCCGAAGUAACAGAUGACAACGACGAGGACAUCGAAGUAAAAAUGUUCUCGCCCGCAAGAAAAACGCCACAGAACCCCCCACAAUCCGAGAAACGGCAGAACUACAUCUCCUCCAGCGCGCCUGUGACAACUAAACAACCACCUGCACCCAUGCGCACCAAACGAACGAAGACGAUGGACACCACAAGGAGUGUCACAUUUGACAUGUGCAUGAAGGAGAUACGGGACACUACCACGGAUGAGAGCAGUGUGUAUGGGGUGACGGACGCUACCGGGGAUUUGGGGUUACUCAAUACUACGGCAGAAAACACCAGUGUUUAUGAAAUGAAGGAUACUACUUUGGAUCCGGAAACACUUGGUACUACGGUAAACGAUAUAUGUAAAAACGGGGUGAUGGAUAUAGCUAUGGAUCAGGAGACGCAUGGUAUCGCGGCAGAUGACAUCAGCGUCAAUGAGGUGGAUGACACGACCAUGGGGUUGGUACUGGAUACAACAAUGACAGAGAUACGAGGCAUGCCCCAGUGCACAUCGCAGAGGGUUGACAUACGCUCCAACUCAUUGCGAUUCGCCGCAUAUAUAGAGGGCAACGUCCCGGUCUCCACCAGCAUCGACCCGGUUCUAAAAAAAGCACAAUCAAUAUCCAAUACUACCGUUUCGAAUAACCAAGCCGAUGAAAGAACACACCCGCCACUUGGUAUACGGGACACAAACACAGAACAAGCAGUAAACACUCGUACUGAGGUGCAGGCACAACACACACAUAUUAACGUAGCCAAUACUGCACAACAUCAGGUAGUUGAUGAAGGCUAUGGUCGUACACAUGCACAACUACCUGUGAACGGCCACGGUGACAACCAACAACGCACAUUCACAGAAGGGCAGGACGACAAGCAAGGGCAGACAUCUUCUAAAAGCUCUAACGAUUCAAAUACGUACACACAUGCGAGAGGCCUAAGCAAUAGACAGCACAGCUUAGCAAGCCCAAAGAGUGCCGGCGAGUAUCAGACUCUCGCGCAAGUGCAGACGAGGAAUGAGAUGGGUGAUAGUGUAUCUGAUAUGGAGCAGACGAGUAAUAUAACUUCCUUUUUUGCUCCUGCUAUUGACAGACAGAUGACACCACAACACGCACCCACACCCACACGGACACCACACAAGACAGUCACGCAAACAUCUACGGAUAGACCGCAUCAGGCGCACGUACACGCCAAGACCUCGACACCCACGCUUACGGAUAUGGGAUUGAACACCCCUGUAGAUUCCGCACACACACAACACGGAACAAACACACAGAUUAAUAUGCCCAACGGGAAAGCUGGCAUAUUGGCUGGGGAUGUGAUUCCUUCAAACGGAAAGAGAUAUGGUGAUGGCAAGUACGAGCAAAUGAUUCUCCGAGGUGAGGAGGAGUGCCACUACACUCAGGCAUACUAUGGCGAUCAGAGGUUUGUCAGGGUGGAGGGGGGGGGGUGGGGUGUUGAAGUUUUUGCUUGGUGA